UAGUUGUGUUUGGAGUGUGUAAAAAGUGACUUAUAUGAUAGUGUUGCCCAUACGUUGCUGUUUAAUCCGGAAAUAAAACUGGACAGAUCCACAAUACUGGCGAACAAUAAGGCUAUUUUCCGAACAAUAUUUUCAGCGGUCCUGAGCCCGAGAGCCCCCCAAAAGGGGGGCGCUCGUAGCCAAUAAAAUAAUGAGCUACAAUAAAAUAGUUAUAUUGCUAUAUAUUUGGAAAGUUGUAUUUUGUCAGGAUCUCUACGAAGUUUAUUUCACUUUUUGACGCGCCUGCCCAUGACGUCAUUAACCGGAAAGAACAGAAAUAAUUUGUUUUUGUUUAGGUUAAACUAAAUGGAGUUUAAAGCGCUUGUGCUGUUUGCGACUGCUCUGUGUUUGAGUGCAUAGACUUCACCACAGGACAGCUGUGGGCAGCGGCCCCUGGUCGCCCCCCCUGGUACGUCUCGUCUAGUGGGGGACCGGGAGGCUCCUGUCGGGGCUUGGCCUUGGCAGGUCAGCAUCCAGAUCCAGUCGAAGCACCACUGCGGCGGGACGAUUGUCAGCAGCCUCGCGGUGCUCACUGCAACACACUGCUUCCACAAAUACCUGCGAGUACAACCUGCUCUGACUGACCUGCACACAGUCACAUAUAUAACUCAUUCUGGAGGUCAUGAUAACAAAUCAGAUGUAUUCUGUUCUGUGUCCAGAAGUACCAGCGAUUUCCGUGUGGUGGCAGGACUUCAUGUGUUAGCCGCUCCAGGACAUCAAACCCAGAUCCGCUCCAUCAGUAAAGUCAUAAUGCACGAGGACUACGAUGACGUCACAUCUGACAACGACGUGACACUCCUGAUCCUCAGUUCUCCUUUCAACUUCACUGACCACGUCCAGCCUGUCUGCACUCCUCAUAACGUGACUCACGAGUUCAUCCUCAACUUCAGCCACUGUUUCAUCACUGGAUGGGGGAGCACCUAUUACUGAGUACUAUCUUGGUAAACUGCUGGUUGGAUGAUGAACAGAUUGCAGGAAGCUGAGGUGGAGCUUAUUGACAGGAGAACUUGUAACCUGGUCACCUGGUACGAUGGCUUGAUCACUGAAAACAUGAUCUGCGCCGGGCUGGAGAGCGGGGCGUCUGAUUCCUGUCAGGGUGACAGCGGCGGCCCCCUGCAGUGCUACAGCGAGGACGAGGACAGCUUUUAUGUGGUCGGAGUGACGAGCUUGGGGGACAUGUGCGGACUUCCUCGCAGGCCGGGGGUGUACGCCAGAACUGCAGGUUGGCUGAAGACGGGUCAGACAGGAUCAGCUCCGCUACACAGACUGAACACGAGACUGAUCGUGGAUCUGCUCUGUGCUGCCCUGAUGCUGCUCUAAAACAUUCACACAUAAAUAUACAUAAACAUCAAUCUCGUUAGAUGUUUUCAGCCAUGCAGAAUUCAAAUCUGAACAAAUGGAAUUGUUUCACAUUGAAAAUGAAUUUAUUUAUGCGUAGUAUUAUUGGUUACUUUCUAUUAAGGCCUCCUUAAUAAAGGGUUUGAUGGUUUAUAAAUAGGCUUUAAGCUGUAGGCAGUUGUAAGUUAUAAGAAUAACUUUAGAUUGCAAGGUUGUGACGUUAAAUCUCUCUGGUGUGUGUUUAUUCUUCUCAAGCAGGACUUAGUUUGUCUUUUUGCUCUUUAAAUGAAAUAAGAAUACCCCUUCAACGGGCUGUUUUCAGAGCGUCUAGACCAACAUUUUUUAACAACGGCCAACUGCAUGGCACAUUAGAAAGUGAGAAACCAACGAAUGUUUAUUAAUGGAUCGCCAAGUAUUAUAACUGCUUUAUUACCAAAUCGAUACCAGACAAAUGUGUUUUUCACAGCCAUCUGAAGUGGACUCUUCAGAUGGGAUGUAUUAUAGACAUGUGGGAGGGCGUGGGAGACUGGCAACAAUCAAUGCUGGUUUUAUCUAAAUAUAAACAUUUAGCAUGUAUCAUCACCAUACAAUACAUUUAAUACAUCAGGAGCAAAUAUCUGUAACUGACAAAUUUAACUAAACAAAAAUAACUCAAGCAUCAAGGUACUACAAACAUGUACAAACUCAGUCACAUUUUCAGCCAGACAAACAGUUGUUGCUGAUUUGUAGUAAAUAGGAUCAAUAAAACAUGCAAAACCACCAAUGUUGUGAAGAACCUGUCAGCCAAUCAAUAAAGAUACCUUCUAGUAUUAAGGACAAUUUCCAUUAUUUAUUAAAAUAUGAAGUUCAAGUUCAAACUGUUUAAUAUGUUAAACUGCUGUGGUGACAUCAGAGGGAGUCAAUCGGAUGAAGCAGUGAGACUGCCCCCUGGUGGAGGGAACAGGCCAUUUUCUGUUAAUGCAGCAGCUGCUGCCUGAAGCUUCCAGAAAUGUUCA